AUGUCUCUAGAUCCCUGCUCAGCUUAUAUCAGUCUGAAUGAACCAUGGCGGAACACUGACUACCACGUCAACAACUCUGCGGGAGUCCCUCUGUGCGACCGGCAUGUGGCGGGAGAGUGGUAUCGCUUUACGGGGAUGGCUGGGGAUGCUAUGCCAACCUUCUGUAUCGAGGAGAACCACUGUGGUACCCAUGCCCCCAUCUGGCUGAAUGGCAGUCACCCUCAGCCUAGUGAUGGCAUUGUCACCCUCCCUGCGUGUGCUAGCUUCAAUAAUAACUGCUGUCACUGGACAGCUAGUGUGGACGUAAAGGCCUGUGCUAAGGGUUACUAUGUCUAUCGCCUGCCCCGACCGUCCGUCUGCUUCCACGUCUACUGUGGCCAUUUCUAUGACAUAUGUGAUGAGGGGGAGUGUAACGGAGCUGACUGUCCUGUCGAGCCAGAAUGCCGCUGUUCUGAGGGAACGAUUCUAGGCCCUGAUGCACAGACAUGUCUGGAUGUGAACGAAUGUGAGAAAGGCAAUGGAGGAUGUGCAGAAAUAUGCAUCAACACCAAGGGCUCUCGUCGAUGUGAGUGUGGACCAGGUAAAGUACUGGACUUGGACGGGAAGAGCUGUAAAGAGACUGCUGGCUGUUACAAUGUGAAUGGAGGCUGUAGCCAUGGAUGCUCCUCAGAGGACGACUCAUAUUACUGUCAUUGUCCCCGGGGUCUGAUGUUGGGAGAUGACAAACUAACCUGUCAGGUCCCUGUGCAGUGUGAUCCUAGGUUCAUACAGGUCUCGGUUCCCAAAGACUUGGUGGGAGGACUUGAACUCUUCUUGUCUAACACUUCCUGCCGGGGCAUUUCCAAUGGCACCCACAUUAACCUCCACUUUAGUCUGAAGACAUGUGGCACUGUGGUCCAGGUCAUUGAUGACAAAAUUGUUGGCACCAACUUGGUAACAGGGUUGCCACGGUCUAGUCCCAGCAGCAAUGGGGACUUGAUUGUGCGCACCAGUAAACUACUGCUGCCAAUUACGUGUGAGUUUCCACGGCAGUACGAGGUGUCGGAUGGCUACCUGCCCAGUCUGCGCAACACAGCACUCGAGUUAGUGGGCCACAGCGAAGGAAUAUUCCCCUUCAGUUUGGAGCUCUUCAAAAACGCAGAAUUUUCCGAGUCGUACAACCAACCUCCUCAACUGCGUUUGCAUGAUUCGCUGUACUUUGGUGUUGAGCCACGAGAGCGGGUGGAUGGCCUUGCUGCCUUUGUAGAAAGCUGUUUUGCAACACCUGGCCGCGAAGCUGACCAGGCCUUAAAAUAUUACCUUAUCAAAGAUGGCUGCAUUUCAGACGAUACGGUGCGUCAGCUUUCGGCUAAAGACCAGCUCUCCAAACACUACCAGGUCCCUGUCUUCAAGUUCAUUGGCAAGGACAACAGAGAGGUGUUCCUGCAUUGCCGUGUGCUGGUGUGUGGGCAGGAACAAGGGGAAUCUCGCUGUACACAGGGCUGCCGAAAGCGUUUGAGGAGAGAUCUCUGGACUGAUCAACACCAAGAGCGACACGUACUGUCCAGUGGACCCAUUCGUAUACUGCCAGAUCCAUGAGACCACACGUCUAUGAAAUCUCUUACCCACAACGCCAUCUAUAGGCUACUUUACUGUAUUUAAACACAUCCACACUGCAUACAGUACCUGCAGUAAUCUUACAUUUAUGAGUUGCAUCAGUUGCUUCCUUCCACUACUUCUGACAAUUAUAUUUACUAUAUAAAGCUCAUCUGCCU